CGAAAGGACUUUUUUCAUGGCCGUUUGGUUUAUUGCCCGAAUUUAAGGUCGUUUAUCAGAUAAUAGGCAAGCAAUGGAACAAAUAACCAAAUACAUUAUCAUCAUCGCGUCAUUGAUGACAGUAAAACUGACAGUGACAGAAAGCAAGAACGACACGAAAGUUAAACUCGACAGGAUAUAUUAUCACUCGCCAAUAUUUAUCAAUGUAUGUGACAUAAGUGAUCGCAGAGCCAAAGUGCAUUGUUACUGCGAUAGUAACAAACAGAAGUCAGCUACCACGGCCGAUUGUUGGGUCUUCAGCGGCGGUAUAACAGAAGACGACCCCAUUUGGCCUAGUUUCUCAUCACAGCCUCAAAUAGAACAUCUCAUGUUUAACGUUCGCUCAGACGACGCGUUAACUUUUGUUCCAGCCAAAGCUAUAGUUAGACUCGACAGAUUAAAACAUGUCUCGAUACAAUUCGGGACUAUAAGAAGAAUUGCGCCGUACGCCUUCACGAACUCCUCUUCGAUAAGGCAGAUCAUUCUUAAAUCAAACAAAAUAACCACAUUGGAACGACAUUCGUUCGCGCAAAUGAUGAUGUUGUCGAACUUGAGUCUGGAAGAUAAUCAAAUUUCCGAACUGAGAACAGACGUGUUUUUCAAUUUACCGAAUUUGCACGUCUUACAUCUGUCUAACAACAAUAUUAGUUUAAUACACGAAGGGUGUUUCAAGCAUUUGAACAACUUGAUGGAAUUACGGUUAGAUAAUAAUUACAUAUCAGUAAUAACGAGAGAGAUGUUCGAGGGCUUAGAGAACCUGUCUCGAUUGAAUUUGAGGAACAACAAAUUAGCAAUGAUUGGCAAUUUGGCCUUCAGCGAGUCCUGGAGCCUGAAGGAAUUGCUUAUUGAUAACAACGCUAUAGAAUACAUAUCAGAUAGAGCAUUCAGCGGGCUGACUCAGUUGCGGAAGCUCACUCUGUCUGGUAACAAGUUGACGACGUUUUACGAAGAUAUAUUGGAAGAUAUACGCGGACUGGUAGUUUUAGAUCUGAGAGACAAUCUUUUGCAAACGAUGUCGUAUGAGACCAUCCGCCCGGUCGUGGAGAAUGAUAAGUCUGUUUCGGCGGUAGUUUACUUGGAUGGUAAUCCACUCAACUGUAAUUGCCGCCUGUCCUGGGUAUACGUCCUUCGCAACGAAACCAAACAUAGUAACUUGAGGAGCGCCCUCGAGAAAAUAUCGUGUAUCACCGACGAGUCUAAUGACAGGCUCUCAAGUCAAGAAGACAUCGAAAACGAGAACCAGAACGUACUAUCGGACGACACAUACGAUUACUACGACAAAAACGAAGAUUACAACGCUAAAGUAAAAACGAGCAAAGCUAAAAAACUAAUUGACAUACCACUUGAAACACUGCCAUGUCCUAAAGAAAUUAUGCAGACUAUAGUAGAAACUUACGGGCAUCCAGUUCAAAACGAAAUUAGGCUAAAAGCGUUCUCUUCGGUUGGCAGGAUUGCUCCCCAUUUAAUCGUAAUUAUAAUGUUGGCAAUGUUUUAA